CGGUACUUUUUCUUUGUCUAUCUGAAUUUUGUGAUUAGUUUCUGAGUUCGAAAAUUUUCUCAGUUUUUUUUUUUUUUUAAUUGAGAAGAGGAAGAAAGAAAGCACAAUAAUUUUAAGGCAGUACAGCAAAUGAGGCUCUCUAUGAAAGUUGUACGGCCAUGCAGUGUCACACCACCCACAAAAAACAUGACAUCCACCCUCACAAAACCAGCUAGUUUGAGCUUGGGCAUAGACACCCAAGUUCCCAAGAAUUUAGAAAGGUUGUUUCACGAAUCGGACGGUAGUAACUCUGCUGCCCGAUUCGCACCAACAACGACUCCAGUCAAGCGACUGAACAAGCGGUGGAUGGAGUAUCAGGGGAUAAAAGACUGGGAAGGCUUGCUUGACCCGCUUGACGAAGAUUUACGUACCGAGAUCAUACGAUAUGGGCAUUUCGUCGAGGUGGCUUAUCGGGCAUUCGACUUCAAUCCAUCGUCCCCGUCAUAUGGCAGGUGUCAGUACCCGAAAAGCAAGUUGCUCGAGCGGUCGGGGUUUCCGGAGACCGGGUAUCGGCUGACAAAGAAUUUACGUGCCACGUCGGGUAUUCAGCUACCACGCUGGACAGAAAAGGCUCCAAGAUGGGUGGGGACUCAGUCCAGCUGGAUUGGCUACGUGGCAGUGUGUCAGGACAAGGAGGAGAUAGCGAGGCUGGGCCGCCGCGACGUGGUGAUCUCAUUCCGCGGCACCGCCACUUGCUUGGAGUGGUUAGAGAAUCUACGCGCCACCCUCACUCCACUCCCCAAUGCCGGCAGCACGGCCAUGGGUCACGGCGAAGAUUCCGGCGAACCACCCAUGGUGGAAAGUGGGUUUUUGAGCUUGUACACCUCUGGGACCGAGACAAUCCCUAGUUUACAACAAUUGGUGAGAGAAGAGAUCAAGAAAAUUCUCCAAUCCUACGGCGACGAGCCGCUCAGCUUCACGAUCACCGGCCACAGCCUCGGUGCCGCCCUAGCAACCCUCGCCGCCUACGAUAUCAAAACCACCUUCAACCACCACGCGCCGCUAGUCACCGUCAUUUCCUUCGGUGGACCCCGUGUCGGCAACCGUAGUUUCCGCCACUGCCUCGAAAACCAAGGCACAAAAGUUUUGCGGAUAGUAAAUUCCGAUGACCUAAUAACAAAAGUCCCCGGAUUCGUGAUCGAUGCGGCGGCGGUGCGAGAAAAUGACACGGCAACAAUCAGGCACCACAACGACGCAGCCCCAGGCUUUCUAACUAUACCGGGGUGGAUUCAGAAGCGGGUGGAGGAUACCCAAUGGGUAUAUGCCGAUGUGGGAAGUGAGCUCCGGCUGAGUAGCCGGGACUCACCCUACCUUGCCGGCAUCAAUGUGGCAACUUGCCACGAGCUGAAGACUUAUCUUCACCUAGUGAACGAGUUCGAGAGCUCCGCGUGUCCUUUCCGGGCCACCGCGAGGAAGAUGAUGAAGAAGACAAGGAGAUUUUUGUAGAAAAUUUUCAUAUAGAGAGAGAGAGAGAUUGUACGGAUGUUUGUACCUA